AGCGGGGGCAGUUGCUCAAGGGAGCCAUUUGUUGGACGACUCCUUCCUGUGAUGCACAGGCCAGAGUUUCACGUGCGGCAGGCGAGGGCUUUGCGCCCUGGACGGAAGUCUUGACCCGGAAGGGGAGGUUCGCACGUGUGUCCCUGCCCGCUGCUGCGUCCUCCGGGGCCCAUUUCCCACGUGUGUUUUUUUCUCCCCGUUGUCCCUUUCUGCUGCGCUGUCACCAGCAUGGCCGGGGAUGGCAGCAACGGCAACCCAGGGGAGACGGCGGUGCCGCUCGCCCCGGCUCCGAUCUCACACCCGGGCAGGCUCCUGGGCCAGAACCGGCAGUUUCUGGACUUCUUCUGGGAUAUCGCCAAACCGGAGCAGGAGAUCCGCUUGAGGGCCACGGAGGAACUGCUGAGCUACCUGCGAGAGAACCAGAAAGAUGAUGAACUGUUGAAGUACACCUUGAAGCGCCUGAUUGAUGGAUUGGGAGCAACGCGAGAGGCAGCCCGCCCAGGAUUCAGCUUGGCAUUGGCUCAGGUAUUGCAGGUUUUUGAGGAGAUCCCCCUCCUCAAAGCCCUAGACCAGAUCAAAGAAAAAUACAACCUUGGAAGCAUCAAGAAGAAACUCUUCCGGAAUGCUCUGUUUGGACACUUCUUCGGAGUACUGGCUCUCUUCCAAUCUGGACGCCUUCCAAAGGAUUCAAAGGCUCUCCUUGGGUGCGUCCAGCUUCUUCAGAGCCUUUCGGAGCACCGCGCCCAUCUCAAGGACCUCCCGAGGAAGACCUUGGCUGAUAUCGUCUCCGAGAUUCCAGAAGCCGUGUUUGAAGACGUCCUCUUCAGCAUCUUGGAGGACGACCUCACCUCAGCCUUCAGCACUCCGGAGCAGCUUUACCUCCUGUUGGUGGGCAUCCAGAAGUUCCCCAGGGUUCUCCGGCCACAAAAACUGAAGGCUCUCUUGGGCACAGCCGCCAUCGUCACAGCGGAAAAUAUUCCCAGGCUUGUGGAGGUUUUGAAAAUGGCGGCCAAGUCGGAGAAAAAGGACAGAACUCUCCCGACCGUCGGGCUGGACUUGAUGAAGGUCGCCGUGAAGGAAGGCACCUUCGAGCUCUUCUGGAAAGAAGCCGUUGAGAGCGGGUUGCUGAAAGACAACGUUGGACCCUGCAGUUAUAUGUGUUACCGGCUGCUGGGCAGUGCCCUCCCGCUCCUCUCGCUUAGCCAGCUCAAGAUGGUUCUCCGAGGGGAAGUUAUGCGCCAUUAUGGGAUCCAUGUUGUGUCAACCCAGCUCCACGGUCGGUUUAAGUUUGCCCCAGAGAUGGAGGCCUAUGUCGGCUCGUUCUUGGAAGGAUGCAGCGACCCGGAAAAGCAGCUAGCAGUGGUGAUCGGCUUCUCCACCCUCACCAACCAAGGCUACCCGGCUGUGCCCACCUUCUGGAAAGUGUUGAGGCACCUGCUUCCCGCUGCAUUGCUGAAGUACACUGGCUGGCUGAAGGCCAUGUUCCUCAGUCCGGACUUUGACAGCUGCGUGGAGUUUGCAACCAAGCGGCAGCAGCUAAACGAGAAGAAAAGCGACGUGGAAAUGACCGAUCGCUGCGUUGCGCGGCUGAGGAAGUGGAUCAUCGCUCGGCUCGCUGGCAUCGUUGAAAACCCACAAAUCAAGAAGGAGGAGGAGUUUGUGACUGACGUGACCAGGUUCUGCUUCUUUCACGCCUUUUUCAAGACCAAGAAACAGAUCCCUGAGAUAAUAGAGACGAAAACCACCCCAUCGGUCCCUCUGAAAGAGCCGUCCCGCGCAGCAACCGCAAACUCGUUUUUCAGUUUGCUUCAACAUUUGAACACGAUGCCCGCCCUGGGGGACUCCGCCGGAGCGGAAGAAAUGAGGAGGAAGCACCUCCAUGGCUUGACCACCAACGGGGACACGUGGCUGUACCUCAUUGUCCAGUAUGCCAAGGUCCUCUUUUUGCACCGGGAGCAGGUCGCGGUUGUGGUCCCAUUUGGUGACGAAGAGCAACUUGCUUGGAACCGAAUGCUGCUGACAGUGGAAGCCCUGAGGAGGAAAGAGAAGAAAAGCUACCACUUGAAAUCCUCUGCCUUCCAACACCUGCUGCUGUUGGUUGGUAUCCACCUUUUCAAGUCUCCCGCAGAGUGUGUGAACCUUCUGAGCGAUCUGCAGAACUGCACCCAGAGAGCGUUUGGUGAGAAACCCAAGAGGAAAAAGGCGGCUGCAGCCGGUGGCGAAGAAGAGCCAGACUGGGUGGAGGUGAUUGUCGAAGUCCUCCUUUCCCUCCUGGCCCAGUCCAGCGGGCUGAUCCGGCGGGUCUGCAAAAGCGUCUUUGGCCUUGUCUGUCGGCACAUGACGAAGGGUGCCCUGCAGCUCAUCCUGGAUGUUCUUGACCCACGGCACAACCAGGAUGAAGAAAGCGCCAUUGUCGUGACAGAAGAAACUGAGAAGAGGAAAUCUUUGCCCAAGGAUGAGAGUGAAGAGGACGACAGCGGGGAGAGUUCUUCUGGCGAAGACAGCUCUGACGAGAGCGAGGAGGGAAGCAAAGGGGGGGAGGAGGAGGAGGAGGCUGCGGAGACGGGCAGCGAAGACGAGGAUGUCGAGGACGCCGAGAAAUUCCGCGCCACGCUGCAAAGUGUUCUGCAAGCUGGGAACGCGCUGGGUGGCGAUGACAGCGACGAGGACGUCGACGAUGAAGCCAUGAUGUCCCUCGAUGAGAACCUGUCGGCGCUCUUUGCCGAGCAGAAGAAGCGCAUCCAAGCCAAGAAAGACGAGAAGGAAAAGAUGCGUAGGGAGAAAAUUUUACGCCGAGAAUUCAAGAUCAAGGUCCUGGAUUUGGUCGAGGUGUUCCUGGCGAAGCAGGCGGAGAGCCCCCUCGUGUUCGGCGUCAUCGACCCGCUGCUCUCCGUGAUCGAACAGAGCAUGAGCUCCGAGUCAAACCAACAGGAGCAAGAGUACCUCCGGAAGACAGCGGACAUCUUCACGAAUCAUUUAUGUAGAUCCAAGCAGUACUGCAAGAAUGUGGCCCCUAUCCGUGAGGAACUGCAUGCCCAGCUGGAAAGCAUGGUGAAGAGAGCUUGGAGGCAGAGCGACUCCUCGGUCGCCCUUUACUGUUUCAGUGGCUCUUUGUACCUCUUCCGAGUAUUGAAAGGAAAUGCUUCUGUCGAAGCAGCUCCAGAGAUUGCUCAGCCGAAAAAGAAGCUGAAGAGCAGCAAAGAAACCGGUGCCUCAGCUGGCCAGGCCCCUGCCCUUGGCAGCCUUGACCUGAGGCGAGUGUCAGCUGUGUACAAGGAGGCUUUGAACCUGUUUUUGACGAAACGCAAGAGCCCGCUGACAGGAUCCAUGUUCCUCGACCUCUUUGAACGGCACCCGAUCAUGUGCAAUCAGCUGAUUGACACUGUUGUCAAGUCGAUCACGGAGGGUGCCCGGCAACACCAGCAGGCCCAGGCAUGUGUCCUCCUUCAGAAAGCUCUGCAGACCCGAGAUUUCAAGCUCUCACUAUCUGAAAAUGAAUGGGAGGCCCUGAUUCGGGAGAGCAUCAGCCAGGUCACAGAGACUUUGAAGACAGUGAGUGAGAUCAAGAUCAAGGUCGACCAAGAAAAGAUCAUCAAAUGUCUGGAGCUACUGAACUACCUCAUCAAAACGGUGAUCCAACAGAAGCUGAAUGUGGAUCUGACAGAGCUUGGUGAUGUGCUCCAGGCGCUGAGUCAGCAUGGAGGCUUUGGGAAAUCCGCACGACUCGACGAUAUCUACUGGAACGCCAUGAAGCUACUGGGCUUCACGCGGCCGCCAAAGGAGAAAGCCUCAGCCCAGCCAGAGAAACCAACUGGAGCAGAGCCGCCAAAGCGGAAGAAAAAGGGUUUCCUCCCGGCCACCAAGAAACGCACAAACCGCAAGAAGGCCCCGCCCAACCAGGCCCAGGAGAACGGCACCGAGAGGAGCGGCAAAGAAGCCAGCGCCAUUGGAGCCAGCGCCACCCCUGUGGGGAAGAAGAAGAAAAAAAGGAAGAGGAAGAACCGAGGGGGGGGCGGGCAGGGCCAAGCGCCCAAGGAGGGUCCUCCAGCAAAGAAGCGGCCACCAGGGGGCAACAAAGAGGCGCACACGCAGCAGGGCAAUUUGAAGCGGCAGCAAAGGAGGCGGAAGCAAAAAAAGGCAGCGGAGGCCUAAUUUGUGAAGAGAGGGACUUCUGGAGAAUGGGGAUGCGUAGAGCAGCCUUCGCCCACCUGGUGCACCCUCCAGAUGUUUCGGACUACAACUCCCAGUUGGGCGAAGGCUGGUACAGAGAAAAUCUUUUGCACCGUUGUUUGGUUUAAAUUAUCCAUGUUGCUGAGCACAAAUGUAUGGAUCAAAUCUUUUUUUAAAAAAGAAUUUAUUUUAAAAAAACCCGAAAGAAUUCAACUUAACUAUACUACUAUAAUCAUACUAUAGUCUACUCCUACUGGUAAUACAUUACACCUGCUUGCAACGCAACUGCUGUGCUCCAGAGUUUGCCAGCCUUGAAACUGGAAACGGGUUUGGCUUCCUCAGCUAAACGCGCGCGGAAAAGCGGUACUCUAAGGAGCCACAAAUGCAUUUGGUGUUUACAUUGAAACCGUGUCUUUUAUUUGAUGUGGAUUAAACCGAAUCUUCCACAAACUUUCAGAUUUAUGGUGACCCUCUUCAAAUUAGAGAUAGCCUGGCCUUUUUUUAAAAAAAAAAUAACAUAAGGCUUGCAAAGUUACUUUAUUGUUGAACGAAUGCAGUUUUUAUAACUCACGGAUAAAAAUGUAAAAACAAAAU